CCACCCUCAAGGCCGCGGGGUUUGGUUGCACAUAGGCUGCAGUUUCAGUUUGUUUUAUUCACCAUUUUGAGUAGCUGAAGGUAAAAAAAUUAAGAAUAUUUGCGUUUGGAGGACAAGCCGCUGCCGUACUUUUAUUUUCACGCGCUAGCUCGGACGGUGGAGUUGUGCGUCAACCCUCGCUCCCCUCGGUGUUUUGCAGAGCGGGAAUCUAUAUUUCAUUUUUUCCCCCCUGUGCUUUUUCUUCUCCCCCUUUCUUACAUCCUUAACCUCUACAGUAUUCCUGCAAAAUGUCAAGACCAGUGAGGAACAGGAAAGUGGUGAACUACUCACAAUUCAACGAGUCUGAUGAUGCAGAUGAGGAGUAUGGUGACAGUAAGCCGAAGAAGGUGCGCACAGCCCCUCGUGAGCCCAAGCACAAGCGCUCGAAGAACUCACAGGAUGACAGUGAGGAGUCUGAUGACAAGCUCUCCAAAUCCAAAAAUGAUUCAGCAGAUGACUUUGGCAGCGAUGAUGAAGACAAUGAAUUUGGAGAGGAGGAGGAUGAAGAUGGAGGAAGCGACUAUGAAGAAAAAAGAGGGAAGAAGGCAAAGAAAGCCAAGGUGGAGAAGCCCACCAAGAGGGGGCCGAAGAGAAAACGGGCUGCAGAUGACAGUGAUGACGAGAGGGAAGUGAGUCGAAAGCGUACAGUGCGCCAGGCGGCCUCCAAGGCCGUGUCCAAACAGAGGGAGAUCUUGCUGGGCGACGGAGGCAGCGAGGACGAAGAGCACGAAGACCAAGAGGAGUCCUACAUGGACCCCGAUGAGUCCGGCAGCGACGAGGACUUCAUGGUGGAAGAUGAUGAUGACAGCGACUACGGUCACUCCAAGAAGAGAGGCAAGAAGGUGAUUCGACGGGGACGGCCGGACAAGAAGGAGAAGAAAAGCCCCAAACCUCGACUAAAGGCCACAGUGACCCCCAGUCCAAUGAAAGGAAAGGGGAAGGGGCGCCCCAGCGCCAAGGCCCUGGAGAAGAGCUCACCCAAAGAGGAGGAAGAGGAGGACCCAGAGAGUCCCCUGGAGGAAGAAGAGGAGGAGGCCGAGAAGAAAGAGACCUCCCCCGCUCCCAAGACGACGAAGGAGGCCGCAGGAGGCGACGAGGAGGAGGAAGACGAAGAGGAGGAGGACGGCUCGGAAGAGGAGGCACCCUCCGGAGAAGACUAGAAGAUGGUACCCGCUGAAGCCCAUCCUCCACGUCUCUCUGUCUCUUCUCAACGUUCUUGUUUUCUUUUGUUGCUCUGCGUUAAGAGUUGUUCGGGGUUAUUUUUUUUUUCUUUUCUGUUUCUCUUUAUUUUUUUUAUUUUUUCCUCCUCGCGGUGGCCUGGCUCAAUGGUUUGGACUUUGUGUGCUUUUUCUUGUGUUGCUUCUCCCUCCCCCUCCACAUCCCCUUCCUCCAACCAAGACAUUGUGCGUGUGUGUGCGUGUGAGGAAAUUUUUCACUUUGAACAGAGUCACAAUAUUCAGCCUUCCUGACUUUUAUCAUUUCUGCAUUUUAGUCUGAAAAUACAGACAGGUCUCUGCCUUUCCAAGAGCUCAGUACUAGUGAGCAUCCGUCCUCAGUGUGAACAGACCAGUUCACUUGUGUGUGUGUUUUGUUUUUUUCUUUUUUUUCUUUUCCCUCUCCUCACCCCUGGGAUUAUCAGUGACCUGCCACACCGUUUUUCUUCCUGCUUAUUUGACUGAUGUGCGUACAGGGAGUAUUGUUCAGAGCUUCUCAGUAUCAGUAACUAAAGCGCUGUAUUUACAAAGCGACAUUAAGUCAACACUCGCAGGGCUGAAGUCUUCACCCUCUCUUUGGUACUUUGUGCUUUUAAACCAGGAGCAUGUUUUAACAGGGCAGCACUAGUUUGGUCAUUGUUUUAAAGCAGCGCCCUUUUAAUUUAAUGUUUUAAACGCCACCCGGCUUUUUGACACUAUAUCAGCACCAUGAUGUCUCGUUUGUGUUGCCCGCGUGGGGAGUGCAUUAAAACGCGUUCUUUUUUUGAGAAGUAUUCCACUUGUAGCUGCUGCUUGUAGAUCAGUUGAAACGGUUAAAGGUGUGUUCUGUUGACAGGCCGCUGCCAUCGCGCGCGUCAAGCCAGCAUGUGUGUUUUUAUGUACUUGUUUAAAAAUUUGUAUGCUUUUUUCUCUCUCAGCCCAUCAGCUGCCUAUGUGAAACGGUUUUUGUUGAAUGUUGGGCUGCACCAUGCUACGUGAAGCAACCCCCCCACCCGCUCUUUUUAUAAACGUACGACCCCUCCACCCUCCCCUGCAUGGCCACAGCAACUUCUUAACAUUCAACCCCUUGUGCCAGGCACCCCUAAAUCUUGUUUUGUUUAUUUUUAAGAAAUGCAAGAAGAGAUGUUUUUUUUUUUGUUUGUUUUUUUGUUUUUUUUCCUUUUGAGAGUUAAAAAAAAAAAUGAAUGUCGUUUUUUUUUCUCCUGUUGGUUCAUUGUUCUAAUUCUCUAUUCAGAUUUUUUUUGUAAUGUUUGUUUUUUAAGAAAAGAAAUAAAAUGUAUCUUGAUUUUAAAGAAAAAAAGUCGACCCUAUCCAAUCUGUUCUGCCCGAUGGUUGGACCAGUCAUCCUUCCCCGAGUUCCUCCUUGUUCUUUCAAUCACUUUCUUCUCCUCCCCUCUCUCCCAGUCCCAUCAGCUUAAUGGUUACUGUUGGUAUCCAUGCUCAUGUGUUUCCUCUGAGCUUUUUUGUUCAUCCAUUAGUACUUCACAAGUGGAAACAUUUUGUUUUGUUUUUUUUUGUUUUUCUUUUUUCAAUUUAGAAUUACAAAGUACUGAGGCUCACAAAAGAUCAGCAGCUCGGUACAUCCGACAUUCAUUUGUCUUUUUAAUGCCUUAAUUUUCAUUGAGUUCAGUUUCAGUAGUGGCUCUGAUAACGUCAUUGGAGGCCUGAGAAUGUAACCUGUAUUAGGCUGAGAACAAGUCAACAAUUUGUAUGAUCAGCAGACCAUCCAAAGCCAUAAAACGAUCUCAAAACUAGUGACUCGGAGAUCAGGUGCAGCACUUGUGAGAUUGUCCUUUUUUGCGAUAAGUAGUGUUUUGAUGUCAAAGCAAAAAAAAA